UUUGACAUGUCGAGCUUUCGGCGAGCUGUGGGUCUUGACUCCGCGGCACCACACGUGCCUUCAACAACUUCGUCGUCGACGCCCGCACGCGGAGUUUCUCGUGGCGUCAAACCAUUCAUCAAUGACCAGACGUUGACGUCGAGUGGACUGCGCGAGCUUGACGCAGUCGUUGGCGGUGGCUACCUCCUCGGGUCCAUCGUUGUGGUGGAAUCGUCGGUGUUUGGCUCGUUCGGGUCUGACCUCGCCAGAUAUUUCGCCGCCGAAGGGUUGGCCAACGAGCACGUCGUUUACACGGACGCGUCCGUCGUCGCCAGCCUGCCUCUGGAACUCAGCACCGCUCAAAAGCAGUUGAAGGCCGCGUUGGUGGUAGCCCAAACCAGCGCGGCUGCCCCGCCACUCACAAUUGCGUGGCAGUAUGAGAAAUACGCGGCUGAAACCCUACCCCAUAACGUCAAAGUGACCGACAAUCGCUUUUGUCACAGCUUUGACCUGUCCAAGCCCAUGGUGGACGCUAUGAAACGGACCUGCCACGUCCUCCUGGACUCUUCGUCCACGUUAGCGUAUCGCAGCAUCUUUGCGACCAUGCAGCAAGCUCUGGAACACAGCGACGACGUCGUUCGCUUCGUCUUGACCGACGUUGGCGCUCCGUGGAUAAGUGGGGACAUGACCUCGGAGCAUCAAUCGCAGUUGCUGAUCUUCGUCCGAGCUGUCCGCGGCCUCCUCGCUCGCCACCGCCGCCGCGCCAUUUGUAUGCUAACUGUGCCGGCCUUCACGCUGCCGACUCCGCUGGUUCGAUCCAUCCGACACUUGGCGGACUACGUGUUUGAGCUGUCGUCGUUCGCAGGCCAAAGCGACCAUCUGCCUUCCGAACUCGCAGACUUUGGCGGGCUGCUCUUUGUGCACAAGGUGGCCCACCUCCAUGCGAUCACGGGGCACGCGCUGGACAACGUCAAACUCGGCGUGAAGCGGGACCGCCGGAAACUGAAACUCGAGCCGCUGCACUUGCCCCCCGAGGGCAGCCGCAGCCAGAAACCAGACAAAACCCAACAACCCAACGACAUGUCGUUUUAAAUAAUGCCACCAAUUAGCUCGAUGGUUUAUCAGCGCUAACGUCAUCUUCGUCGCUACUUUCGUCAUCGUCGUCGACAUCGUCAUUGGACAAAAGCUCGUCGUCGCCCGACGAUGCUUGUUUGGCGGUGCCCCCCAAGUGUUUUUGCCUAGACUUGGCUUUCUUCUUGGCCUUCUUUUUCUGGGCGAGUUGGAUCUUGACAUUCCGCUUACUGGUUGUGCCAUUGACCAAAUCGUCCAACUUGGCAUGCAGGAGCUUCCGCGCCACGCGGCGAUUGUCGUCGAGAGAUCGUGUCUUCUGGCAUUGCACGAAUACUCCUGUGGGUGUAUGCUUGAGAAAGACGGAGUUGCGAACUUUGUUAAUCUUCUGCCCGCCGUUGCCGCUGCCUUUGACAAACUUCUCCUCCAAGUCGUUCUCGUCGAUGACCACCACUUUGGAGGUGAGGACCUUACCCCACGAUGAACUGAGCCGAGUACGGAAGGUUCCGACAAUAUGGCCACCGUUCGUCUCAUUCGCCCGGAGGAUGGUCUGUGUCGGUCGACAGCCCGGCAGACUCGACGCUCGACGAACCAUAUGCAGCAUUGUUGUUGGCGGCG